UUAAAUUUGAAACAUGGCGAAUGCUGAUGAUGAUGAGAAUAUUGUGUUUAAUGUAGAAGAGGUCCAGAAAAUUGUUAGAGACAACAUUGAACUUUGUCUUGGAGGCAAUACUUACAGUCAUUCACGCACACCGCAAUGGAUUUCUAUUAUUACCGAAAAAACUCUAUCAAGACUGAACAAAUUAAAUAAGCCCUUCAAAUACAUAUUGAGAAUAACUAUAACUCAAAGAAACGGAGCCGGCCUGCAUACCGCUGCCGCUUACUAUUGGGAUACAGCAACCGAUGCAACCUGUACCGUUCGUUGGGAAAAUAAAUACAUGUACUGCAUUGUUAAUGUUUUUGGUUUGGCAUUACAAAUAUAA